GCUGGAGCCAAGGUGGAAGCAGACUCUUGGGAAGCGAUUACUGGCACUGCAGAGUCCACGCUUGUCUUACAAGGCAAAGAGGCAAACACACGGUGACAACCUUAAAAUCUGUUUGGAUUCUGGCUUUAAUUCUGGUCUGUGGAAUUACGACACUCUCUGCAGGAGGAAUACUUGUCCAUUCAUGCUGUCUUGGCACCAAAAAGCCAUCUCCUCACAGGAUGCUCCAUCUGCUGGCUGGAAUAUGACCAGGAUAAUUUCAUCAUCCAUGAGAUGCCUGGGUUGAUGUGUCGUCAGGUGAAUACCCUGUCAGUGAAGUAAAGGUGUGUGAAAAACUUUCUCAUUGAAGAGUUGCUGACUCUUGUGCUGACUAUAAAUAUCCCCAAUAAGUCUGAAAAACAUCAAGGCUCAUACUUCUUUGGAGCAAUGGCAUCGUCUCCCUUUUGGCCCGACAAAGAUAUCAGCAUUACUAUGUUUGUUGGAAUUCUUCUUCUUAUCCAGUGGGGGCCCUCAGAGGUCUUUUCCCAGAAUGACACUGAGCCAAUCGUGUUGGAGGGGAAGUGUCUGGUGGUUUGUGACUCCACCCCCUCUGCUGAACCAUCAGGUAAUGCUCUGGGCAUGUCAGUCAGGUCAGGCACCGGUCGGGUGGCAUUCUCUGCCAUCCGUAACACCAACCACGAACCCUCAGAGAUGAGCAACCGUACCAUGACCAUCUACUUUGACCAAAUCCUGGUGAAUGUCGGUAGUCACUUCGAUCCAGCAAGGAGUAUCUUUGUGGCUCCCAGAAAAGGAGUUUACAGCUUCAGCUUUCAUGUGGUCAAAGUUUACAACCGGCAAACAAUUCAAGUUAGUUUGGUUCUCAAUGGUUGGCCCGUGAUUUCGGCCUUUGCUGGUGAUCAGGAUGUGACCAGAGAAGCUGCCACUAAUGCUGGGCUGGUCAUAAUGGAAAGAGGAGACAAGGCUUACCUCAAACUGGAGAGGGGCAAUCUGAUGGGAGGGUGGAAAUAUUCCACAUUCUCUGGGUUUCUUGUGUUCCCCUUGUAGGGUGGGCUGGGGUAGUGAAGUUAGAGUGGAUAAAGCAGGAAAGGAAACAAAUGGAAACAUUGAACAUUUAACAAACAAACAAAGAUGUAUUUCUAUCUGUCACUGACAAAAUCAGAGAAAGAAAGGAGAUAUGAAUUCAUCUGUUUUGAGUCAAAUGUUAAAUUUUCCCACUUAACCAAAGGUGGAAAACUUUGGCUUCAGUGAGUAAAGGUCCUACCAUGUAUUUGUUCCAUCGACCCACUAAACUGGCCGAUUCUAGUUAGUUCAACACUUCAGGCAUAUCAAUGACCUAAUCAGCAAAA